UAUUUAUUCCUAUUUCCGUGAUCCGUCUCCAAGUUUUAAUUCCAUAAAAAAUAAUUAAAAUCCUUUAAUUACAAGUAACACAGAGCAAGUAAUUAAAUCUCUAAAGCCUAUUAAAAGUAUUUACAUUCGCGUUAUAAUAAAGCUAAUCAUCUCACGUAGUGAUAUACAUAAUACCGUGUAUAAGUUUAUUUGUUUUAAACUAUUUGCGUCCAGAUAAAUAAUUGUGUGAAUUCACGGUUUCUAAGAGAUCACAAUGUCUGACGGUGAGGACAGUGAUGCUGGCUGGGUGUUCUACAAGGAUAGGCCAGACUGGAGCGAUGUCAAGCCAGUGCCUGAAGACGAUGGACCAACUCCUGUAGUUGUUAUUGCACAUUCAGAGAAAUUUGAAGAUGUGUAUGAUUACUUCAGAGCAGUUCUACAAACAGAUGAGAAGUCGCAAAGGGCUCUGGAGCUAACAAAAGAUGCCGUAGAAUUGAAUCCUGCUAACUAUACAGUGUGGCAAUAUAGGCGAGAUCUAUUAAAAGCGCUGGGAACAGAUCUUAGAUCAGAAUUGGACUAUGUUGAAUAUGUGAUCAAACAUUCGCCCAAGAAUUAUCAAGUAUGGCAUCACAGGCGAGUGCUAGUGGAAUGGUUGCAAGAUCCAUCGAUGGAAUUGGAUUUAACCGGCGAUGCGCUCGCGCAGGACCCGAAGAAUUAUCACGCGUGGCAACACAGGCAAUGGGCUAUGAAGACCUUUGGAUUGUUCGACACAGAAAUGGCGUUCGUAGACAAACUUAUAACCGAUGACGUCCGCAACAACUCAGCGUGGAACCAACGUUACUUCGUCAUGAACAACCACCAAGGCUGGUCCGAUCUCAACGUUCAAAGAGAAAUCUGCUAUACAUUGGAAAAAAUUAAAUUCGUCAAAAACAACGAAAGCGCCUGGAAUUACCUCAGAGGAGUACUAUUACAUGAUAAAAGAGGAAUUAAUGGAAACGCGGUCGUGACGUCAUUCUGUGAGGAAUUAUAUAAGAACAGAUGCAGGUCGCCAUAUUUAUUGGCAUUUAUCAUAGAUGCAAGUGAAGAAGCCAUUAAAAAACAAGAAACUAAUUGUUUUCAUAAUGCAGAAAGGGCUAUAGAAAUGUGUGACGCGUUGGCGAAUAAAUAUGAUAAAAUACGGUCGAAGUAUUGGAAUUAUUUGAGUGAUAAGUUCCAUAAGUAUAAGGAACAGAAUGUGCAGGCUAAUGGUGCGAAUAAUGUGGAGCAUUAAAUUAUGAAGCUAUCUCUUUCUAUUGUGAAGAAAUGGUGUUUGCUAGAGUGAGAUAGAUUGCCUAUUCUCUUGUGAAAGUGAUUUGGUAUCCUUUUCACUCUAAUGGAUAUGUCUGCGUGAUGGAAAGAGAUAACGGUAUUCAAUAUGCGAAUUUUGCGGCUUACCUUUUUAAUAUAGAUAGAGAAAAUUAUAUAAAUGUUUUGGUGUAUGUGCUUUGCUAUAAGUUCGUUUCGAUUGGAUUUUUUUAACUAUACAUUUUUAUUAUGAUGUAAAAUAUAGAAAUAAAAAAUACAGUAUUUUGGACUCUACCUAAGUAACAACACCUAAAUUUUCUAUUAACUUAUAUGACGUGGAAUCUAGUCAAAAGGCUACUGGAAAAAUUAACUUUUCAAUUUAUAGCAUCAAUCUAUACAUUAAAGUAUUCCUAUCUGUUUAAUAUUUUUAUAAUUGUGACUAUUAUAAACACACUAAGAUUUUUCUAUAUUUGUCUCUAUUUAUAAUAAACAAUAUCAGAUUGUUGUCCAUUGCGUACAAACUACAAAUAUAGUUAUUAUCUUGUCUUUGCACCUUGCAUCAUUUUUAUACGUGUACAUGUAAAAAUCCAACACUGACCAUGGAAAUAAAUCUCUUUUAUGUUA